UUAAAUUAGGAACAUUCCCCUUCUGUCUUCGUUUUCUCCGGCUUUGGAUUGACUCCGACCGGCGGAAUCCGGCUUCGUCUUCUCGUGCUGCAGUUGAAAGGUUUGUCUUCCCGUCUCUUUCUUCUCCCUCUUCUCCGGCUACAGCGGUGGUCGGCGCUGCGAAUAUUUGGUUUUCGCGUUGAUGCGGCGGAGUUAUUUACAGGAGAAAAUUCGUGUUGAUGUUUGUUUAACCCCUAAAUACCGAAUUUACAAAGUGAACAGCCCUAGAUCUAAGAAAUCUCUCAAAGGAAAGGAAAGGAGGUGCAAUGGCGUCUGGAUGGGGAAUUACAGGGAACAAGGGAAGGUGCUACGAUUUCUGGAUGGAUUUCAGCGGCUGUAUGUCUGCCUGUCGGGAGCCUAAGGACUGCGCACUUCUCCGUGAAGAUUACUUUGAGUGUCUCCACCACUCCAAGGAGUUCCAACGAAGGAACCGGAUCUACAAGGAGGAGCAACGCCAAGCAAGAGCAGCUGUUGCCGACAAGGCUAAGGGAGGUGAGAACCACGACAAUGAUCAUCACUGAGACUUGGAUAUUAAAAAAUUGUGGCCCGGUGAAAGAGAUGUCAAGAUGAAUUGAUUUUUUUUUUUUCUUUUUCUUCUAAUUGAUAAAAAAAUAAGAGGCCAUGUUUGUUGUAUUUGUCCAUUGUUGGAAUUUUACUCAACUUCUGCUCCAACUCCAACCAUUGCUCAUCCAUUUAUCAAAAAUGAAUUAAUCACUUUCAA